AUGCUUCGCUACUCUGCUUUUCUCUUGGUCAUCUUCGUCACUGGGGCUGUCCAAGCCUCCGAUCCAGACCGCCCGAACAUCCUUUGGAUAUCGGUGGAAGACAUCGGUCCCCACCUCGGAUGCUACGGUGACCAGGACGCCAUAACGCCCACGCUCGACGCGCUCGCCGCGCGUGGCGUCCGCUACGACAACGUGUUCACGACGUGCCCGGUGUGCGCCACCAACCGCUCGUCGAUCAUCACGGGCAUGUACCCCACGUCGAUCGGCGCCCAGUACAUGCGGUGCAAGUCGAAGCUGCCCGCUGGUGUGCAGUGCUUCCCUGCCUACCUUCGCGAGGCGGGCUACUACUGCACCAAUAAUGCGAAGACCGACUACAACCUGGUCGACGAUGGCAAGCCCUGGAACGAGUCGAGCAAGAAAGCCCACUGGCGGGACCGAGCGGACGGGCAGCCCUUCUUUGCGGUAUUCAACCUCACCAACACGCACGAGAGCAAGAUCUGGCCACGCGGCCAGCGUCACCGCAAGCAGACGCCCGACCUAACCCCCGAUGAGCGGCAGGAUCCCGAACAGCUGACGCCUCCGCCCUUCCUCCCCAAUACCAAGCAGACCCGCCGCGACUGGGCCAACUACUUAGAGAACAUCACCCAGGCGGACUACUACACCGCCAAAUUGCUCGCCGAGCUGCGCGAGGACGGCUUGGAGGAGGACACGAUCGUGUUCUUCUGGUCCGACCACGGCGCCGGUCUCCCCCGCAAUAAACGCUGGCCGUACGACUCGGGCUUGCGGGUCCCGUUUAUUGUUCAUGUGCCGCCGAAGUUCAGACAGCCGGGGCAGGGCAAAGAGGGUGGCGUCGACGAGCAGCUGAUUAGUUUCGUCGACCUCGCGCCCACGGUUCUCAACCUCACCGGCAUCGAUCGACCGGGCUACCUGCAGGGCACGGCGUUCUUGGGGGCGGACCUCACCGCGCCACGCGAGUACGCCAUCAGCACCCGCGACCGCAUGGACGAGCGCAACGACUGUAUCCGCUCGGUGCGGGACCACCGCUUCCGUUACAUCCGCAAUUUCAUGCCCUGGAAGCCCUACGCGCAGUGGAUUAGCUACGGCGAGCGAAACGCGACGAUGCAGGAGCUUCGGCGGCUGGACGCCGCCGGGGAGCUGCCGGCGGGGAGUCAACUGUUCAUGGCCGACCGCAAGCCCGUCGAGGAGUUGUACGACCUGCAGAACGAUCCCCACGAGCUCGUGAAUCUGGCAGACCGGCCGUCCGAAGAGAGCCGUGCUGUGCUGCAACGGAUGCGGCAGGAGCUUUCGGCUUGGCAGCAGGCCACGGGGGACCUCGGCCUGAUCCCGGAGCCGAUUGUGCGGCAACGGGAGGCAGCGCUGGGCGACUGCCUCGAGAUCCUCAAGCAACCAGGGGCCAAGCGGUCGAUGACCCGGAUCAGAAAGUUGCUCGCCCCCGACUUAGCCGAACCGGAGCGGGCGGAGAUGGCCCGCAACGCGCUCGGAGCCGAGGACCCGACGGUCAGGUACUGGGGCGUGAACGUGCUCGGGGCGUGGCCCGCGGAACUGGAUUCGUCGGCCGAGUGGCGCAGCCAGAUGACGGCGAUGCUUGACGACCCGUCGGGCGUGGUGCGGGUUGCGGCCGCGGCGGCGCUGUGCCGCGCGGAAAGCGAACCGCCGGAGGACGCGGUCCAGACGCUCGUCACCGAUCUGGCCGACGAGAACCCCUGGCGCUGGACGAGCCUUGCGCACCGCCCUCGCCGACACUAA